UCUGUGUGUCUCUCUGUGUGUCUGUGUCUCUGUCUCUCUCUGUGUGUCUCUGUGUGUGUCUCUCUGUGUGUCUCUGUCUCUCUCUGUGUCUCUCUGUGUCUCUCUGGGAGGAGUUGGCUUUCUAGCGAUGGACCAGGAGGAUGUUGAGUUUCGCAAGCUGUUGCUCUCUGUCGCCAAAGAAGUUACCAGAGACAAACUAGACGAAAUGAAGUUCUGCCUCAAAGUGUACGGACGAGGCCCGCUGGAGUCAGUGACGAGCUCCCUGCAGCUCUUCACGCUGAUGGAGGAGCGCGGAGAUCUGUCGGCAAGUGACACCACCAAGUUGGCCGACAUCCUCCGCACCGUGCGGCUCACCACGCCGCUCACCCCGGCGCUCACCGCACCCUCGCCCUCCUCGGCGCUCACCGCCGCCGGUGAGGCGGUGCCGGUGAGCCUGGCGCUGCAGAGCUUGAACCUCGGGGACGCACGGACACCCACACAGGAAGAUGGGAGCGGUGGGGAGGCGUUCCUCUCCCGUGUGCUCCUCUCCGUGUCCACCUCCGUGGGGCGGGACUGGCGCAUCCUCUCCCGCCACCUCGGCCUGUCGGAGGUGGACAUCGACGCGGUGAGCCACGCCCACCGUGACGACCUUCGCGAGCAGAGCCACAGGGCCCUGGAGACCUGGGCCCUGCGCAGGGGGGCACGACGUGGGGCCUGCGGGGAGGCCUCCGCCGCCGCCGAGCUCAGGGACGCCCUGAGGAGGGCUCAGCUCAACCUCGUCGCCGAUAACCUGGAGGACGACUUCCCGGAGAUGUUCCGGAAGUGAGCGGCGGUGGUGGUGGUGGUGGUGGUGGUGGAGGUGGCG